AUGGCGUGGAUGGGGCUCCGAGUCCUGGUGCUGGUGCUGAGCUCGGGGGUGGCCGCCCGCAAGCCGGCCCGGGCGCCCCUGAUCCCUCAUCGGCCCUUCGUGGUGGUCUGGAACGCUCCCACCGAGCCGUGUCGCAUGCGCUUCCGGGUGGAUUUGGACUUGAGCGUCUUCGACAUCGUGGCCAACCUCAACGAAACCCUGAGCGGACCCAACGUGACCAUCUUCUACCACAGCCACCUGGGCUAUUAUCCGUACUACUCCAACUCGGGCCUUCCGGUCAACGGGGGGCUCCCCCAGAACCAGAGCAUCUCCAAACACCUGAGCAAGGCCCGCAACGACAUCGACAAACUGAUCCCUCACAAGGACUUCCGAGGGUUGGGGGUUAUCGAUUGGGAGAACUGGAGACCCCAGUGGGUGCGCAACUGGGGCGGCAAGGACAUCUACCGCAACAAGUCCAAGGAGCAGACUCGGAAGCUUCACCCCAACUGGCCGGAGAGCAAAGUGGAGAAGGAGGCCAAGGAGAGCUUUGAGAAAGCCGCGCAGGCCUUCAUGAAUCUGACUCUGGCUUUGGCCGAGGGUCGCCGACCGGACGGCCUGUGGGGCUUCUAUCUGUUCCCCGACUGUUACAAUUACGGCUACAAGCAACACCCGCGGCGCUACAGCGGCGAAUGUCCCAACGUGGAGCACGUCCGAAACGACCACCUGAUGUGGCUGUGGAGGGAGAGCACGGCCUUGUACCCGUCCAUCUACCUGGACUACGAGCUCAGGUCCUCGGCGAACGCCCUCAAGUACGUCCACUUCCGAGUCAAGGAGGCCAUGAGGAUCGCCUCCAUCGCACGCCCGGACGUCACCUUGCCGGUUUUCGUCUACUCCAGACCCUUCUACGCCUACACCUUUGUGGUUCUGUCAGAGAGCGACCUGGUGCACACCAUCGGCGAGAGCGCCUCCCUCGGAGCGUCCGGCGUCGUCCUCUGGGGUUCGUCGGAAUACGCCAGAUCGCAGAGGAACUGCCUGACGGUGAAGAAGUACAUCGACGGCCCUCUCGGCCAUUACGUGGUCAACGUGACGUCGGCCGCCAAGCUGUGCAGCAAAGCGCUGUGCAAAAAAAACGGCCGCUGCGUCCGCAAGAGGCUGGACUCGGGCGCCUACCUGCACCUCGACCCGCGAUUCUUCAGCGUCCGCCGGCGGCGGCCGGCGCCGUCGGGCCUCCGCUUCCGGGUCAGCGGCCGCCUCCGGCGCCGGGACGUCCUGGACAUGAAACACAAGUUCACCUGCCAGUGCUACCGGGGCUGGAGCGGCGUCCACUGCGAGGUGCCGCAGACGCCCGACGGCGUGGCCCGCGGCGUCCUCGUCCUCCUCUCGCUCGACCUCUCCUGCCUGUGCGUCGUCGCGCUGCUCGCCGUCUGCCUCCUGGUCGGGGCCUCUCUUCGUCUAAACGGCCUCCGUCCGCGAACGCCGCGGAAUUGA